AUGUCUGGCGCCAGCAAUCCAGCUACGAAUUUCUGUGAUCUGCCUACGGAAAUUCGUCGUGAGAUCUGGAAAUUUUGUUGUUCUGAAGAAAGGAUACUUCACUUCAAAGUCGAUGCAAAUGUCCGACUACAGGAGUUUGACACUUAUUGCCUUCAAUACCUGCCUCCACCCAAAUUCUUACGUGUCUGCCAAGAAUCACGAGAAGAGACAUUAAGGAUUUACCAAGAGUCGUGGAGUAGUAAAGAAAACGAGCAAAACGAUGAGGCGAUUGGUUGUAGCAUCUCGGGUCGCUGGUGGAAUCCAUCUAUGGAUAUCAUUUAUGUUCCAUACUGGCUUCCGAUCCAUUCUACAGACAAUCCCAAUUUGAAUCCAGGCGUGAAAGAUAUGAGUUUCCCUCUUGAUAAUCCAUUUUUCCAAAAGCGAAUGAGUGCGAUGCAGCAUCUUGCAGUUUCGACGAAAGCUACCGGGAUCCGGUGGAUUUGGGAAGAAUCUAUAAGACACCAUGAGCCAUUCAGCUGGCUGAAGCUAGCGACAUGGUUAGCUGAGUUUUCAAAUCUAAAGACAUUCACAUAUGUUGUCGAUUAUUACACAUAUCGUUAUAAGGAACAGGGACCUCGAUGGAUUGACCAUCCGGAUUUUGCAAUAGAAGGAAAUUGGCGAAGUCACUCGGCAAGAUGGGAUAUGACACCGUCUAAAAUUAUUGCGGAACUCGAGGAGUGUUUCGAGCGUAUCAGGUCGGAGAGAGGAAAUACGAAAUGGAAGCCUCCGAGGGUGAGGAUUGUAUUAGAUGAGGAGGAUCAGGAGGAAUGCUAUUCACGUGAGGCUCGUCUUCGACGGAAGAAUCCAGGGUCGUAUGAGCAUGGUGCAGCGACGGUGGACAUGGCAGUUGGAAGCCACUUGAUGUGGUGGCAACAAUUGGAAAAAGAGGAUAUUGGCGUUAAAGAAGGAGACUACGAGAGACUCUUUUAUAAGACUACGCAGAGGAACCUCACGAUGUCUGCUUCUGAGGAUCUGAUCGAUUUCGACAUAAUUGAGAAUCAAAAAGAAAACAUUCAAUCAUUACCACAAGGACGAUCCGCAAGGAAUCUCGCAAAAAUAUUCUCUCCAUCACCUCUACAACCCCUCUCAACGCCCACACCAUCCGAUACCAGAAAUUUGAAUGAUGCAGUUAGAGAAGAAUAUGAAGAAGAAUUGGCCAAUAUUGGUGAAUCAGACGACCCUUUAGACAUCUAUGAUCGAUAUGUCAAAUGGACACUCGAUGCAUACCCCUCCGCACAAGCAACACCCAAUUCACAACUUGCCCCUCUUCUCGAGCGCGCAACGAAGACCUUCCUCAAUUCUCCACAAUACAAAAAUGAUCCACGAUACCUAAAGCUAUGGCUUUCAUACAUACGAUUCUUCUCCGAUACACCGCGCGAAACAUUUGCGUUUCUAGCUCGUCAUAACAUUGGUGAAGGAUUAGCAUUAUUCUACGAAGAAUUUGCAGGGUGGUUGGAAGGUGCUGGCAGAUGGGUACAAGCGGAGGAAGUUUUUCAGAUGGGUAUUGAUAAGGAGGCUAGACCGGCACCACGUUUGUUACGCAAAUUCAACGAGUUCCAGGAAAGAUUUGCUGCUAGACCAGACAGCAGUGAUGAACCUUCAUCGCCCGCAUUACCUACAGUUCGACCAGCUCUUGCAGCAAAGAUAGACCCAUAUGCUGCAGUUGCGCCGGCUCCAGAGGAUCCUCAAGCACCUAGACCUUCUGCGGGUGUAGGCGGCGGUUCAACGACUACGAAAAGUGGUAAGCAGAAGUUAAAGAUUUUCUCGGAUGAUGAGAAUGGAUCUGCACCGGCAAUCUCUGCAUCUCCAGGUGCAGGUUGGGAAAGCAUAGGAUCAUUGGCAGACCGAAAGAAGGAAAAUAGGGUUGAACCCAAGCCAUGGGUUGGAGAAACAUUAAAAGCGGGUGGAAAGAAGAGCAGCACCAAGAUGGCAAUUUUCAAGGACGAGUCAUUAAAAUUACCUCAAAUCACAAUUCCAGAAUUGCAACAAGUGACUAUUAAUCCUAGAAAUGGCAGAAGUGAACGAAUUUUUGUUAAUCUUGAAGCUGUGUAUCCUAGUCCGGAUGAAAUUGGGACGGAAUUGAGCUUCGAAGAGUUACGUGCUGCUCAUCGUGGAUGGUUGGAUAAGUCGUGGGAACCGGAAUUGAAUGUACCAUCGGAGCCAAUGUCAAGUGAACCAACUCAAGAUUCUAAUACGGGCAUUGAAACUAUUACACAACAAAUUCCAGAGAAGCUAGUUAUUGCUCGGGAUUCCGUGUUUUCCAGUGAGAAUCGCAAGGAGAAAUUUGCAAUUGCUCGGGAUCCCGUACCUACGGAUGAAAAUCGGCCAGAGAAGCUCGUUAUUGCUCGGGAUCCUGUAUAUACUGACGAAAAUCAUCGACCGGAGAAACUCGUUGUUGCUCGAGAUUCAGUAUAUCUGGAUGAGAAUGGAGCAAAGAAAGAUCAUAAUAGGGAAACGAAGCAUAGGAGGAUGAAAGUUAAGGAGGUUAAUAAGACGCAAAUAAUCAGCGCCAAACUUUCUUCGCCGACGGGGAAGAAGAUGAAAAAGAGAAAGGCAUCGAAGGAGCAAACGAUGACGCUUCAUACUAAAGCAGCCACGGAUGAAAUUUACGACAUCUUUAACCAACCCCUCAAACCAGCAAAUGAAGAAGAAGAAGAGGAGGAGGAGGAGGAGGAAGAAAGUGAUGACGACGAUGAAGAUAUGACUGAUGGUGAUUAUACAAGUGGCGGAGAAAGCACCAUGACAGGGGGACUUCAUGGUACUAGUGAAGCUGGUGAUGAUGACGAGACUACGGAUGUAAAGAGUGAAAGCGAGUGGACUGAAUUUACAGCGCAGAGGCCUGCUCCAGAUAUGGACGAUGAAGAUGGAACCAUAGCCUCUACCUUCACCGAUGGAGAAGAUGAAGAGUUUGAGGCUAUCAAGGUUGCCAUUCCUCGUGAUGUCGAAGAACACGAUGAUCUCGUGACUCCAAUAGCCGAGGACGGACCGUUCAGAUCAACGACAAGUUUUGUGCCAAUACCACCAGAAGAUUAUGAUCCACCAACUCAUCCAUAUCGAGACCCUGCUCAAGUUUCUCAAAAUCGACUUCCUUUCAUGACCCCAAUCGUUGAGAGAACUGAAUCCUCGCUUGGAUUACCAACAAUCAGGGGUCAGAAACAUUACUUUAAUUCUACCACUAGUCCUAGCAGAGGUAGUGGAUCAAAGAUACAGGUUUUUCAAGAUGAUGAUGAGGAUGAGGAGGAGGAGGAUAGCAGUCCGUUGAGAGAAAUUGUUAAUGAAGCCAAGCCCAUCGACAGAAUUCCGCAACCACAAUUAGGCAAGAAAAAGCCUUUAUCAAAUUCGACAGCAUUCGCCAAAGAAAUUGCACCUAAAGGUCCUAUUAUUCACGAUUCCCAAUGCAAUCCGGUUGAUGAAGGUAUUCGACAAUUAAUAUUUGAGAGACUACAACCUCCUCUUAGCUCUUAUGAAGGAUUUUCUCAGCACGACGAGACGAGAGGCCAGUCAGCAGAAUUAAAGAAGUAUGCCAAAGCAGCUUCGAGAGCAAAAGGUUCAAGCGAUAGAACUAGUAUCACAGCACCCCCAACCCUGGAAUUCCCCGGAACAGAUAGACAGUACACAUUGAAACGAGAACUUGGCGCCGGCGCAUUUGCUCCUGUGUAUCUACUCGAAAGUGGAAGAGAAGAUGCCGAGCAAAAUGAGAACGAAACUCCGGCAGUCAUGGGUAAGGGAGCUUUUGAUCACUUUAAUCGCAAAUCAUUAGAAGCAUUAAAGAUGGAAGAUCCACCAAGUGCAUGGGAAUUCUACAUCAUGCGCCAAGCGAAACGAAGAUUGGGAGUUUCCCGCCCUGCAGAAAGUAUUCUUGAUGUGUACGAAAUGCAUCUUUAUAGAGAUGAAUGCUAUUUGAUAGAAGAAUAUAGAGAUCAAGGUACUCUUCUGGAUAUCAUCAAUAUUUCCCGCGCAGAUGCCAAAUCACCAGGUGGUGUUAUGGAUGAACUCCUCGUUAUGUUCUUCACCAUCGAAUUAUUUCGCACAAUCGAAGCUCUGCACUCUAAAGGUAUCCUUCACGGCGAUCUUAAAGCAGAUAAUUGUCUCGUUCGAUUCGAUUCUCUCUCGGAUUCUGAUAUCUGGAGUCCUAAAUACAAGAGGGACGGAAGUGACGGUUGGAAUAAAAAAGGCAUUGCGCUCAUUGAUUUUGGCAGGGGAAUCGACAUGAAGUGUUUCAAACCCGACGUUCAAUUUAUCGCGGACUGGAAGACUGGUCCUCAGGAUUGUGCGGAAAUGAGGGAAUUGAGACCAUGGACUUAUCAAAUUGAUUAUCAUGGAUUGGCGGGUAUUAUUCAUAGCAUGCUUUUUGGGAAAUAUAUCGAUACGAUUGCUGAAAGACCAGGUGAUUCGAUUGGUGGAAUGGGAGGUGGAUUGAGAAAGUGGAAAAUCAAAGAGGGUCUUAAGAGAUACUGGCAAACUGAAAUCUGGGCAGGGGUUUUCGAUAUUUUGUUGAACCCGCAGGGAUAUGUGGAUGGAGAGGAAGGAGGAAAAUUACCAGUGCUUAGAGGAAUGAGGGUUAUGAGAGAGGAAAUGGAGGAGUGGUUGGAGGGGAAUUGUGAGAAAGGCGCGGGAUUGCUUAAAGGGGUUAAGAGGUUGGAGGAUGGGGUUAGGGAGAGGGCUAAGAAGAGGUAG